GAGAGAGAGAGAUGGAGGCGGGUCAGAGCGGAGCGGAGGAGCAUCUCUCUUUCUCAGCUCUGUUCGGUUCGGAGGCGCAGUGACGGACAUCCCGGAGACGAGCGCACUGGACGCAUUAACAUAAUGUAGUCAGUCUUGAGCAAGUAGAUUUCAAGUUUGAGAACCUAUUCUCUCCAUUCACUCAAUGUGAAAUGGGCAUUGCGCAGUUGUUGGCUUGACUCUGUUAGCACUUAUGCCUUAAAGAAUGAGAGUCUUAGGGAGGAGGACUGUUGAAAUGUUGCUACGCGGAGAUGGAGAAUGGAGGACCCGCAAAAGUGCAUGACAAGCGGGUCAGUGUCGGUUUGAAGAAAUCAUAAAACGAGGAGAAACACACACAUUACCAUCUGAAGCCAUGGGGAUACGACAUCUCCUACUUCUGUUGGUCUAUCUAGACCCGUUGUGCGUCCUGAGCGCAUCCACAGCCAAGAGGAGCAAACCCCCUCCAAAGAGACCCCAGAAAGUGAAGGAGGUCAACAGCACCGUUGCUCCAACAGUGGCACCGCGACGGAUCACACAAGUCCAGGCGCCCAUCAUUGGUGAUCACGAUACCUGUCUCGGCUACUACGACGUAAGUGGUCAGUUCGACAAAGAGUUCGCCUGCAACAACACCGACCACCGGUACUGCUGCGGGAGCUGCUUCCUGCGCUUCUGCUGCCCCGUGAAAGCCAAACGAGUGGAUCAGAGAGUCUGUACCAACUAUAACACGCCCGACUGGAUCAAAACCCAGCCGCCCUCACCCGCACCCACAGGGGACACGUACGACCCUGCGCUGGACCAGACCAACACCACCGUCUACAUCACCUGCGGGGUCAUCACCCUCAUUAUUAUCCUGGGGAUUUCUGCCAAAGUGGCCUAUGAUAAAGCCACCAGACCGCCCCAAGAGAUGAAUGUCCACAGAGCGCUGGCGGACAUAUUGAGACAGCAGGGGCCCGUUCCGAUAUCACAGUAUGAGCAUGAAAACAUCGCUGCUAUAGACGCCUCGCCCAAAGAGAACACGCCUGUACGGACCUCCAAGAACCACUACACACCUGUGCACAACAAAAACAACCAUGGGCAUUAUGGGAAAGAAAACUUCCGCAGUGGUCAAGACAUGCACAACUUCAUCUCCUCUGGCUUUGUGACACUCGGCAGAGGUCAUCUGAAAGCGCAGCACUCCGUAGACGAUCUCGGGCAGUUGUCGUGGCAGGGCGAGCUGGACGUUCCUCUGUCCUACAAAACAUUACGCCCGUCCGCAAGGACCCAGUGUGUAAUCGCAGCAGAUUUCCAGCGGCCCCAUGAGCGGAAAGAUAACCAUCCACACGACUACACCAGCCAUCUGGAUCUCACUGGGUCACACACACCUAAAAUCGGACACCGAAUAGAGCACUAUGAGAAACCGAGAAUGAACAACAUCCUGACAUCCCAGACAGAGCCGUACGACCUGUCGUUCUCCCGCUCCUUCCAGAACCUCACUCACCUCCCGCCGUCCUACGAGAUGGCCAUGAAAGCAGAAUUAAGUGACAAGGACGAUGAGUACUACAUACGGAAGCACCAUCUGCCCGACCUGACGCCUCGCAGCGGCAACCUGCAGACGCACAUGAUCAAGCUGAAUGUGGAUCCGCCCGCGCAGCGCCAGAAGCCUAAGCGCGUCCAGCGUGCCAUGUCCCAGGACCACGUGCUCUCGCCCGCGCACUCCAGGCCGCACCGGGACUACGACCUGUCCUCGUACACAGGAGGCGCCGGCGGUCUGUCUCCGUACCACGGUCGCAUCCUGUCUGAGGAGCAGCUGCUGUCGGCCGACCGACUGCUCUCCCAGGAUCCGCUGCUCUCCCCGGAUAAGAUGCUCUCCUUGCGGCGCUCAAACUUCCGGGAGAAGGCCAUGUCGCGGGCGCUUUCCCACACGGACAUGUUCGUGCCGACCACGCCGGUCAUGGACCGACACUACAAAAUGAUGAAGAUGCACUCGCACCCCAGCAGCAGCAGCAACAACAACGAGUCCUACAACACACUGACUGUUAACAGUGCGCAGGUGGGAAAUAAACGGCAGGCGUUCGCCAACCGACGGAUGCACACAGUCGACCACCUGCAGUACAUACCGGGACACCACCAUCAUCAGUACAGAACCGCAAGUAAGACCGAAGUAACUGUCUGAGAGAGAUGGGAGAAGACGGGAGAGCGAAUGAUGUCAACAAACAAUCCAGCUCGGGAAAUGUGUGGCUGUGGCGUCCCACUUCGACAGGUUUCUUUUUUUAAGCAUCCAACCUUGACCUGUUCCCGCUUCCAGCGCAAGCUUUCCACUCCAUCAGUUCUGGGUCAGCUGGGAUAAGAUCCACACUUUCCGAAGCGACCCGGAUCUCCUCGCACGUAGAGCAAACGCAAGGGCUUCGCGCGCGGACGCCGGACUAGAAACAGAGACCUGAAACUAUUUUUUCCAGAAUCAGGACUGAACUGUUAUGAACUUGCACUGACUUUAUAUACAUACAGUAUCAAAAAAAAAAAACUGCACUGCCGGUCAAACGUUUGGAAUAAUUAAGAUUUUUUUAAAUGUUUUUGAAAGGAGUCUCUUCUGAUCACCAGAUCAGCAUAUUAGAAUGAUUUCUGAAGGAUCAUGUGACACUGAAGACUGGAGAAAUGAUGCUGAAAAUUCAGCUUUGAUCACAGGAAUAAAUAACAUUUUAAGACAUAUUCACAUAGAAAACACUUAUUAGGGGCCAAGCACUGAAGGUGUGUAGGCACCUAUUGUACCCGUAGCGUUCUUCUUCUUCUUCUGCUCUGGAAGUCUAUGUCAGCCCAUAGAACCGCUUGUGGGAAAGUUGUGAAGUUUGGCACACAGAUAGAAGACAGUCUGAAAUGUCACCAUAGAAAAUUUGGAGUCUGUAACUCAAUCCCUCUAGCGCCACCACCUGUCCAAAGUUUCACUCAUAUUUAUGCUUAUGACGAUUCGACCCUAUGACGUAACUUUCCAUCAUAAAAAUUUUCCCGCCAUUUUGAAUUUUCCGAAUUUUUUUUCAAACUUCUCCUAGGCAGUUGCUCCGAUUUUCACGAAAAUUGAACCAGAUCAUCUUCAGACCAUGCAGACAAAAAGUUGUGGAAUUCAAGUUGAUUUGUCAAACCAUUUUCGAAAAAUGCAAGAACGAAUUUUAUGAAAAUAGACGUAAGGCUGUAUCUCCUCAACGGAGAUAUGAAAAAUGGUUAUUUUUGCUUAUAACUUAAGAACGGUUUGUCCAAAAAUCAUAAAGGUGUUCUUACAUUUGGGGCUUCCUGCCAACUUCCUAUUUCGGCCAUUUUGCGCAUCGGCCAUUUUGGGCAUCAGCCAUUUUGAAUUUUGUAGUAAAAUGCUGUAUUUUACAAACACAUGAACAUAUCAUUACAAAACUCGGUAUGGGUCCCUGGCACGAUGCCCUGAAGGAGUCUGGGAAGUUUCAGACCAGAAAAUAUUUACAUGCUUAUAUCUUUGGAUAUUAUUGGCUUAUUUUCACAGGUGUCAUUUCCUUGGAUUCCUGAAUCCUUGCUGAGUCCAGUGAUGCCAAACAUACUAGGUUUCACCUUAUGGUUAGUGCAAAUGUUGUUUAAAUGUGAUUUAGCAUUUAAACAACAUUUGCGAAUAUCUUAGAAACUGUCAGUCUGAUCGAGACGAAACCACCAUAGGAAAAUCAGAAACAUAGGUCUUUGACUAUAAUGACCAACUGUCGAAAUUUUGAUAGUUAGUGGCAAAAAAAUGUAAUCAAAGUCAGGUGUGGGUAAUUUUUUAUGUGUUCACUCCUAAACGAAAUGAGAUAUUUUUACCAAAUUUGACACGCUUAUGUAUGGGGGCACUCUGAGGACACACAAAAAAGUGGCCACUUGGUGGCGCUAUAAUUGAACAAAACAUGAAAUUGGCUCUAACUACAGAACUGUUGGUCUGAUUGACAUGUAGUGUCUUUGUUUCAGUUGCUAUCAUAGUCCAUUAUGACAUUGUUGGUCUGCUGCUAGCUUCCUUGUUUGCGUCUGUUGUGCUUGGACCCUUAAUUGCUGCUUGCAGCUAUAUUUUUAAAUUGUAAUAAUAUUUCACAGUUUUACUAUUUUUAAUUGUAUUUUUGAUCAAAUAAAUGCAGCCUUGGUGAGAAUAAGAGACUUCUUUCAAAAACAUUAAAAAGUCAUAAUUAUUUUUGAGCGGUAGUGUAUAUAGAUUUAUGAUUUCUAACUUGAGUCCUAAACAUAGCGAUAGCGAUUCUUCUUGAAUAUAAACUGGUGUAAGCACUUUAGCGAGUGCCUCUUCUCAAAACGCAUCCCGUUUCGAUACCGAAGUGGGGAAAGGGUUUAAAAGCACAAUAAAACUGACGUCUGUUUUCUUUUCCUUUGUCGCAUUAUCUCUCCGUUUGGUUUCUCAGUUUCAUGGAUUUUUUUCAGUGGACCUGUGCCGUAGGUGAUUGUAAAUACGCUCGGUUAGCUGCAGUUAAACAGUGAGUUCGCUUUGUGGGUUAUUAUGGGUUGCUUUUUGCGUUUUCAUUGCUUUCGUUCUGACAUUUUCGAGCAUAAUCAACCCACCCGAAGUAUAUUUGACGACACAAAUGUGUACAGUAAUGUGCGUGUGUGUGUUUUUUAAUCUGUACUUGUAGACUAAUGGUGAAUAAAUUUGGUUGAUUCAGCCAUUCGUA